AGCGGCUUUUUCUCUUUCUCCCCCCUCCGCCUCCUCCUCCUCCCCACCUUCUUGGUCCAGCCCGGGAGCGGAGCGAGCGCAGUCGACCCAGCAGGCGCCCGCCGGCCCGGCCUAGCGCCUCAGCGGAUCCAGAUUUUUGAGGUGCCUUCUUUUUACUGUGUGAAAGACCCUACUCUUUUUACUAAAUCAGUUGCCUUGCUGCUUAUACCACUGCUGGCCAACAUGGAAAAGACCGAAAUGAUCCAGAAAGCCAAGCUGGCUGAGCAAGCAGAGCGCUAUGAUGAUAUGGCUACCUGCAUGAAGGCAGUGACAGAGCAAGGUGCUGAAUUAUCCAAUGAAGAACGCAACCUUCUCUCCGUGGCAUACAAGAAUGUUGUAGGGGGGCGACGCUCUGCUUGGCGGGUGAUCUCUAGCAUUGAGCAGAAAACCGAUGGCAAUGACAAGAAGAUGCAACUUGUCAAGGACUACCGAGAGAAAGUGGAGUCUGAGCUUAAGUCCAUCUGCACUACCGUUCUGGAGCUGCUGGACAAAUACUUAAUAGCUAAUGCAACUAACCCGGAGAGCAAGGUGUUCUACCUAAAGAUGAAGGGAGAUUACUUCCGAUACCUUGCAGAAGUUGCAAGUGGAGAUGACAGAAAACAAACAAUAGAAAAUUCACAGGCAGCUUAUCAGGAGGCAUUUGACAUCAGCAAGAAAGAGAUGCAACCCACCCAUCCAAUUCGUUUGGGUCUUGCGCUUAACUUCUCUGUGUUCUACUAUGAGAUCCUCAACAACCCAGAGCUGGCCUGCACAUUGGCAAAGACAGCUUUUGAUGAAGCCAUUGCAGAACUUGAUACACUGAAUGAAGACUCUUACAAAGACAGCACUCUUAUCAUGCAGUUGCUUAGAGACAACCUCACAUUAUGGACAUCAGACAGCGCAGGAGAAGAAUGUGAUGCUGCAGAAGGUGCAGAAAACUAAACUGCAUAUGGAGUGUCAUUCCCCUUCUCAAGAAACCUUUUUACACGUCUCAUUCCUUAUAGCUCCACUUGGAUUUCCUAUAGCAAAGAGAACCCAUCCAUGUGUAUGGAAAUCAAUUUAUAGUCUUUUCACACUGCAGCUUUGGGAAAACUCCAUUCCUUGAUUUUGUGUUUGUCCUGGCCUUCCUGGUGUGCGGUUACUGCUGUAGAAAAGUAUUAAUACUGGCUUAAUUUCAUAUAAACAUAAGUAACUUCCAAACACUUAUGUAGCGGACUAAAGUUAUCUGGUAUUUAAAAAGAAAUCUGAACCAGUACCUACAAGCGACUGUUUUUGUAUUACAGUAAAUACAUGAAAAUGUAGUUAAUGCAACUAAAGAGUUUUCAACACAGUUCAAUUCUCCACAUUCCCUUUUUAUUCUGCAGGGGUACUUGGUCACAUGCUACUGUGUAUUCCCUUCUGUAGGAUUUGGGAGCAUUGGGCCAAAUGGGAAGCAUGGCAAAGUGGCUUCCUAUAUGUGUGUACAGCAGGAGCUACUGAGUGUUUAAAUACAGGGACUCUUCUUACUCUUCAGUUGCUGCUGUUCAACUGCUAUCCCUUCCCAAUAAAAAUUCACUUACACUCCUGCCUUUGUAGUUCUGGUAUUCACUUGAUUAUGUACUAGAAGCAGCAUGUUACUGCCAGAAUACAGGGAGUGCCUUUUUGGCAGACUAAAUUGCAUGUCAUUUCUUAACACUGGAAUGGGGGUGGGGGGAAAGGUCACAUGUCCAAGUAUGAAACUUUUCCAUGCAGAUUUGUGCACAUGUAUGAAGGUGUCAAGUUUGUCCAGUGAUUUGUUCCGUAGAUAGAUGGACCACUAUUGUGUGUUGCUAAUCAUUGAUUGUAGUCCCAAAAAAGCCUUGUGAAAAUGUUAAUGCCCUAUGUAACAAAAUAACAUUAAAUAAAAUUACAUUUUAUAAACCACUAAA